GAGCAGCGGAAGUUUUGGCGACCGCUGGCACUACUACGAUCGGGAGCCAGGCUGAAGCUCGGAGGACCAGCGAGCGGGCGGACCGGUUUACGGACGCCCGUGGGCCCGCUGCCACCAUCUCGCGUCCUCUUGCCUGGAAAAGCAUUUAAGCUUUUAAAAUGUCAUCUAUCAAGCACUUAGUUUAUGCAGUUAUUCGUUUCUUACGGGAACAAAGUCAGAUGGAUGCUUAUACUUCGGAUGAACAAGAAAGUUUGGAAGUUGCAAUUCAGUGCUUGGAGACAGUUUUUAAAAUCAGCCCAGAAGAUACUCAUCUUGCAGUUUCACAGCCUUUGACAGAAAUGUUCAGCAAUUCCUUCUGUAAGAAUGAUAUUUUGCCUCUCUCAAACUCAGUGCCUGAAGAUGUGGGAAAAGCUGACCAAUUAAAAGAUGAAGGCAAUAACCACAUGAAAGAAGAAAAUUAUGCUGCUGCUGUGGAUUGUUACACACAGGCCAUAGAACUGGAUCCAAAUAAUGCAGUUUAUUAUUGCAACAGGGCUGCUGCUCAGAGUAAAUUAGGUCACUACACAGAUGCAAUAAAGGAUUGUGAGAAGGCAAUAGCAAUCGAUUCAAAGUACAGCAAGGCCUAUGGGAGAAUGGGACUGGCCCUCACUGCCAUAAAUAAAUUCGAAGAAGCAGUUACAAGUUAUCAAAAGGCAUUAGAUCUUGACCCUGAAAAUGAUUCUUACAAGUCAAAUCUGAAAAUAGCAGAACAGAAGUUAAGAGAGGUAUCUAGUCCUACAGGAACUGGAUUGAGCUUUGACAUGGCUAGCUUAAUAAAUAAUCCAGCCUUCAUUAGUAUGGCAGCAAGUUUAAUGCAGAAUCCUCAAGUUCAGCAGCUAAUGUCAGGAAUGAUGACAAAUGCCAUUGGGGGACCUGCUGCUGGAGUUGGAGGCCUAACUGACCUGUCUAGCCUCAUCCAAGCGGGACAGCAGUUUGCUCAGCAGAUACAGCAACAGAAUCCUGAACUUAUAGAGCAACUUAGAAAUCACAUCCGGAGCAGAUCAUUCAGCAGCAGUACUGAAGAACAUUCCUGACUUGACCAGGGACCCUAGCCCAGAGCACAAAUGAUUAUGGCUCUUAAAUGUUUGCUGUAGAUAGUGGCCAAAACAAAGACACCUAAAGAAUCAAUCUGUCUAGAUGAUAGGUUUAUCAUAAACAGACUUGAACAUGACUCCUUUGUAAACAAAUGAUCACUAGCCCUGUUGAGUGCCAGUAUAGUACUGAACAGGGUUCCAUUUUCAAAUCAAAUCAUCAUCAUCAUAUUUGUAUAUUAGACCUAAUAGCAGAGUAUAUUUAUUGAACAGUAGCGCUGUGUAUUGGCAAGUUCUCUAGCUCCAAAUUCCCUUAAGCAGACUUUUUUGAAAGAUGGGGAUGACCAAGAGGAAAGGUUUCUCAUGCUGAUUCAGGAGAAAUAUACAGCCAUGGAACAGCAUGUUUGGAGAGAAGAAAUUUGUUGCCUAGUUUUAGCUCUGAUAGUGCUAUCAGUACUGAAUAUCUAUCACAGGGCCAGUACUGUCCUUAAUGCUGCUUGCUCUGAUGCGGAACAAGGAAUACUAAGAGCUGGUGAGAAGCAGCAUUUGGUGCAAGUGCUGUUUUGAAAUGAAAAAUAGAUGCUGUGAAUGUACAGAAGGUGAAAGUAGGAUGUUCAGGUUGUUUGCAUAGUUCUUAACCAAUCUUGCCUGCAGUUUGAUCUUGAUAACGUUAGCAUGGCCAAUUACUCUAAGUACAUAAUCAAAUACAUUUAGAAAUCCUUAAUGGUACUGGUUAGGUCCAUUGUAUAACUAUUCAAUUUAACUAGCACAAUUUCCCUAAUGGUGACCUUACCAUGGAAACUCUUAAAUAUAUUUACAUUUAAAUAAGCCAGUGGUUUGAUUCUCAAGUUAAGGAUUUUCUAAGUGGCAUUUAAUUAUGUGCCUAUAAAUACUGAUUUUUUAAACCUAAUUAUUUGAUGGCUUAUAAAAAGCUUCUAUCACUAACAUUGCUUGUUCAUAUAAACCUUUGCUAUAAUUUGGCUUGGCAUGUUGCUUUUAUGCUUCAUCUUAAUUUGAUGCAAUGUAAACAUAACAGGGGACUUAAAAUAUUUUAUGGACAUCAGAUCAUAGUAGUUAAUGAAGAGAUAUGGCAUUAAGUAUUAAUGGCAUGACUCUACAGUGAUGAGAGACCAUUUUAACUGGAAUUUUUGUUAAUUAUGAAAUUGGUAAAGUUGGGUGAACAAAUAAUCAUUUCACAAGUGUUGUGAGAGAAAACUGAAAAAUUAACUAAUAUAAAAUUAACUCAGUAAUACUUAUGAUGAUGAAGGCCUUACUAUAACUGUUCUCCUCAAAAGACUAAUAAUGUGGUAUCUACAAGGUUAAAAAUUAACUCUUCCUUUCUUUCCUCUUGUGAGAUUAGAACAGUGGUUCUGUAAUUUCACUGUAAGAAUUAAAAAUGCAGAUCCAGA